AUGUAUUAUUUCUAUUUACUUGUGGUAUUACUGACCAGUCUUGUUAUUGGACCUACAGGCACACAAGCAACAGCUUUAACAUAUAGCUUAUUAGCCAACGAAAAAGCCUGUUUCUAUCAAUGGGUGGAUAUACCAGGCAAAAAACUCGGUUUAUAUUUCGCGGUUCAACAAGGUGGAUCUUUUGAUAUAGACUAUCAAGUCUUGAGUCCUGAUCAAGAUGUUGUGUUGAGUGGAGAACAAGAACGCCAGGGCGACUAUGUCUUUACUGCUAACCAAGUGGGUGAAUAUGCUUUCUGUUUCUCGAAUGAUAUGUCUACCUGGGCAGAGAAAUUAGUUGAUUUCGAGAUCAUGAUGGAACAUGAAGUUCGUCCUGAAUUUAGAAAGGAUGCUUCAGGCAAAGAACAGCCUGUGACCAUGACAGAAAUGGAAGAAUCUGUAUUUAGAAUCCAAGGUCACUUAACCAACAUUCAACGUACUCAAAAGUAUUUCCGUACAAGAGAAAACCGUAACUCGGCUACUGUAGUUUCUACCGAAGGACGUAUCUUUUGGUUUGCCAUGUUGGAAAGUUUAGCUAUUAUUUCCAUGGCUGGUUUACAGGUCUUUGUGAUCAAGAGCUUCUUUCAAGUUAAACGAGGUGGUGUUUAAUAAAUAUAUAAUAUAU